UUUCUCACAGAUCACAUGCAUCUCUGUCACCUUCGAUCUCGUCGAUCCCUUCUUCUACGGCCCUCCUUUUCUUUUCUCUCCACUUCCUCUUCUUCAUCUUCCUAGUGUUUUCAAUUCGAACCUUUUCGCUUAGAUCUCAGUUGCUGUUCAUGGAAAUGGCUUCUAGUCCGCGCACCGUGGAGGAAAUCUUCAAGGAUUACAGUGCUCGAAGAGCCGGUGUUGUUCGCGCUUUGACUCAAGAUGUGGAUGAAUUUUACGGGCUCUGUGAUCCAGAAAAGGAGAAUUUGUGCCUUUAUGGGCAUCCAAAUGAAACCUGGGAAGUAACUCUGCCAGCAGAGGAAGUCCCCCCGGAGCUUCCUGAGCCAGCUCUUGGAAUCAACUUUGCCAGGGAUGGCAUGAUUCGCAGGGACUGGCUUUCUCUUGUCGCUGUUCAUAGUGAUUCAUGGCUGCUUUCGGUGGCAUUUUAUCUUGGGGCCCGUCUCAACCGCAAUGAAAGGAAGCGCUUAUUUAGCUUGAUCAACGAUCUUCCCACUGUCUUUGAAGUUGUGACUGAGAGAAAGCCCAUAAAGGACAAGCCAACAGUGGACAGUGGAAGCAAGUCCCGGGGCAGCACCAAGAGAUCAAGUGAUGGGCAAGUUAAAAGCAAUCCGAAGUUCACAGAUGAGGGUUAUGAUGAGGAUGAGGAUGAGCAUAGCGAAACCCUUUGUGGGAGCUGUGGUGGAAAUUACAAUGCAGAUGAAUUUUGGAUUGGCUGCGAUGUCUGUGAGAGGUGGUUCCACGGGAAAUGUGUGAAGAUUACCCCUGCCAAGGCUGAGAGCAUAAAGCAAUACAAAUGUCCAUCCUGCAUGAGGAGGGGCAAGCCCUAGAUACUAUAUCCCCACAAAAUAACAGCUCACAUAUUGGCCUCUUACCCAAACCAGGCCCUGCAUAAGGUGCCUGUGUCUAAAGGAUCAUGUCUGAAGGAUUAUGUUUAAUUUCACGCAGAUAAUACUUUAGUGUAUGAUAUAUAAUAUAGAUUAGAAUUUGUUAUAUUCUAAUUUGUUAAUCACUUGAAAUUUGCUUGAAUGUACAGAGUGCAUGGUUGCUUAUUUUCUCCAC